AUGUCUACACCUACCAUCAUCGAUGCACGCUUCAUGGGCGCCUUUAGCGAAGCCAAAGCGCUCUAUGGCAAUGGUCUCGACAGGCGCAUUGCGAAAGCUCGUGAGUUCCUUGACGAUCCUACUUUAUCCUGCCACAAUCGAAUGAAGGUGCUCGUACUAUUGAGUGCCCUACUUAAGGACGGGGAAGAUGCGAACGCAUGCCGUGCAGAUGCAGAAGCGCUGUGGAUGUUAAGCCGACGGAUGGAUCCUGAGGGCCAGAGCGAAGCCGUCGAUUAUCUCCUGGCUGAGACUCGCAUCUGUUUGGAUGAGUUGGCUGAGAUCCUGAGAACAGAGGGCCAGGAGGAGUUCGAUUUGGAUGAUGCUGUCGACAAUGCCCAGGCGAUGAUGGACAAUCUAGCUCUCCAACAUGACGAUCGCAUGGAGACCGAUUAA